AUGGAUCCAGUUUGUUCACAAAGCCUGCCUUGCUCCGAAGCAUCCGAAUGUGGAGAAUCUUCACCUGCGCCUGUGAUCUGUGAGCCUGAAGAAACUUAUCCAUCCUUGCAAAUGUGUUCUGCUGAGAUGCCUCACACAGAGACUGUGUCGCCUCUUCCUUCCUCCAUGGAUCUGCUUAUUCAGGACAGCCCAGAUUCUUCCACCAGUCCCAAAGGCAAACGACCCACUGCUGCAGAGAUUAGCGCCACAGCAGCGGAAGACAAGGUCCCGGUCAGGAGACAGAAGACCAGAACUGUGUUCUCUUCCACCCAGCUGUGUGUACUCAAUGACAGAUUUCAGAGACAGAAAUACCUCAGCCUUCAGCAGAUGCAAGAACUUUCCAGCAUCCUGAACCUCAGCUACAAACAGGUGAAGACCUGGUUCCAGAACCAGAGAAUGAAAUCUAAGAGGUGGCAGAAAAACAGCUGGCCAAGGAAUACCAGUGAUGCGAAUCAGAAGGCCUCAGCACCCACCUACCCCAGCCUCUACUCUUCCUACCACCAGGGAUGCCUGGUGAACACAAAUGGGAACUUUCCGGUCUGGAACAACCAGACUUGGAGCAAUUCAACCUGGAGCAACCAGACCCGGAACAUCCAGUCCUGGAGCAACCACUCCUGGAACACUCAGACCUGGUGCACCCAGUCCUGGAACACUCAGGCCUGGAGCAGUCCCUUCUAUAACUGUGGAGAGGACCCUCUGCAGUCCUGCAUGCAGUUCCAGCCAAAUUCUCCUGCCAGUGACUUGGAGGCUGCCUUGGAAACUGCUGGGGAAAACCACAGUGUAAUACAGCAGACCGCUAGGUAUUUGAGUACUCCACAAACCAUGGAUGUAUUCCUUAACUACUCCACGAACAUGCAACCUGAAGAUGUGUGA